UCAGAAUCUGUGAAUGAGGUUUUUUGUCUUCAAUGACUCAUCAGAGAACUCUGGAAAAGUUUCUGGGCAGAACACUGCCAUCACCUCUGCCAAGGUCCCAAACAGCUGGAUGUCUUGUCACUGAGGUCUGAAGGUCUCUGGCAGAACAUAAGAUGGACUCAAGAGGAUCAUCAUGGGAUUACUCCACUCGGUUCCAGUGAUUAAGUAAAUUUACUUUCAAAAUGCACAUCUCUUUUCUCAGCAACAAAACUCUAUAAUGUGUUUUUCUCUGACUUUGGAUUGCACAACAGAUAUUAUAACUGAUUCCAGAUGUGGGGCGAAGAGCAAAGGAACACAUUCCAUGUGAAAUACAGUCAUGUUUGUUUGUUUCUUGCUCACCCAUGCUAGUUAAUGUGUAAUCUUGAAAUGCGCUCUUAUAGGCGCAGCAGUAGUGCUUUACGGCCAGUGCAUAUAUUGUCAAGAUCUGCGAGAGGGUACAGAGUCUAAAAACGUUCAGCAAGGUCCUUAGCUCACUUCUCGUAGGUUUCUCAGAAGGAUCAGAAAUGGCCAAAGGAACUGGCAUAUCCAAGGCUGUGGCUGUCGGCAUUGGGGUCAUCACAGUUUCUUCUGUUGGUGGUUUAGUGUUGAUGGCUGUGAUGUUCCAAAUGGAAAUAUUGAAAACCCCUCCACUGGAACCACCUAAUUCAACUAAACGUCCGGAUAUUCCAACAGAUCCUCCAUCUAACAUCAGACUUUUUGACUAUUUGAUUCCUGAGAGCUACAAAGUCUUCCUCCAAACGUACCUUUACGGAGCGAUACCCAACAACUACACAGAACAAUCCUUCUUUUUCAAGGGGAACUCAACUGUAAGAUUAAAGAGUAUGAAAGAAUCUAAAGCCAUCUAUCUUCAUGUUCACAACCUAAAUGUGACGAAUGUGGAAGUGAGAAAAUCUGAUUCCAAUGAGAAAUUAUCAGUGAAAGGAUAUAAAAUUCAUAACAGUGAAAGUAAUUUUCUUGAGAUCCAACUCCAGGAUAAAUUAUCUGGAAAUGGGAUCUACUAUGAUCUUUUCACCACCUUUGAAGGGGAGCUUUUUGAAGACUUGUCUGGAUUGUACGCAAGCCGGUACACAGAGCCGAGUGAAGAUGAGGACGAGGAGGGUGAAGAAAGAUUCCUCGCCACCAGCCUGUUGCAGCCCACAGAUGCGAGGAAAGUAUUUCCGUGCUUUGAUGAGCCAGCUCUGAAGGCCGUGUUUGAAAUUACUAUUAUCCACAGACCUGGAACUAAAGCCCUGUCCAAUGGAAUAGGAGAUGUGGAUGUGAUAAAAAUAGAUGGAGAAGAUUGGGUUGUGACUACAUUUCAUCCGACCCCCAUCAUGUCAACUUAUCUAUUGGCUUUCACUAUAUGUGAUUUUGACUAUAAAUCGGUACCUCACGUGUCAAACAUGCAUAUACAUGCUCGGAAGGAGGCUAUUAAAGCUGGCCAUGCUGACUAUGCAGUAGAAAUAACACAGAAGAUUCUGACUCAUUAUGAGGAAAAAUUUGAAUUGAAAUACCCACUGAACAAACUAGAUCAGAUUGCCCUGCCAGAUUUUGGUGUCGGAGCAAUGGAAAACUGGGGUUUAAUUUCAUAUCAGGAGUCAGGUUUGCUGUAUGACAAAGAUACGGGAUCAACCUUUGAUAAGGAACGGGUGGCCACUCUGAUCGCUCAUGAGUUGGCACAUCAGUGGUUUGGAAACCUUGUGACCAUGAGCUGGUGGAAUGACCUGUGGCUGAAUGAAGCAUUUGCAACAUAUAUGUCAUACAGUGGGGUGGAAGCUGUUGGCUGGGACUUGAAAGAUCUAAUUGUUCUCAGAGAAACCCAGACCGCCUUUCAUGUGGAUUCCUUGAACUCUUCUCAUCCUCUCAGCUUGCAUGAAAAUGAUGUUCAAACUUUUUCUGAGAUCAUAGAACUUUUUGAUGACAUCACAUACAGCAAGGGUGCUGCUGUUUUGAGAAUGCUGUCCGCAUUCAUGUCCGAUGGAGCAUUUAUGAAAGGAAUCAGGACGUAUCUCCUCAACUUCCAGUACAAUAACACUGUGUACAAAGAUCUUUUGGAAUGCUUGAAAAAGGAGACAAAUCUAGAUGUGGAAGGCUUCAUGAGCACAUGGAUUAAGCAAGUGGGGUACCCAGUAAUCACCAUUAUUACCCAGAAGGGGGACACUUCUCAAGAACAGUUUUUACUAAAGCAAGAAGCGGGCCAUGAUAUUCCAUGGCAGGUUGAAAUCACAUACAUUAAUUCUGAUGAUAUUUUUAAUUUGAAAAAAGAUACACUGAGAGUAAAAGGUCCAGUUCAAAGGCCGCAUUUUCAACUUCUCAAAGAUCAAUGGCUUCUCGCCAACAUCAACUGCACUGGCUUUUACCGUGUGAACUACGAUGAAGAAAACUGGAAUAAACUUCUAAUGCAGCUCGAAAAUAAUUAUAAUGUCAUUCCAGUCAUCAACCGAGGGCAACUCAUUGAUGAUGCAUUUAAUCUUGCGAGGGCUCAUCGCCUCAACGUCACUAUUGCACUAAGUCUAACCAAGUACCUGAUAAAUGAUACGGCGUAUAUUCCAUGGGAGUCAGCACUGAAAAACCUGGAACAUUUUGUCCUUAUGUUUGAUCGCUCUGAGGUCUAUGGUCCGAUAACGAAAUACCUACGCAAGCAAGUCACAGGACUAUAUGAGUACUUUGAAGAGUACACAAAUAAUGGAACCAUUCCUGACAAACACACUGACCAGUAUAACCAGGUAAAUGCUAUUUCGGUAGCCUGCUCCAAUGGCCUUCCUCAGUGCAUAACAAUGGCUACAAGUCUAUUCAAAGAUUAUAAGAAUGGCACAAAUAUGAUUCAUCCGAAUUUGAGGAGAACAAUCUUUUGCAGUGCAAUAGCUGCCGGUGAUGAGGAUGAUUGGGAAUUUGUUUGGAACGAAUACCAAAGAGCUAAUGUUGCUGCAGAGAAAGACAAAUUAAGAUAUGCCCUAUCAUGUACAAAAGAAAUCUGGCUGCUAAACAGAUAUCUUGAAUACACUCUUGACCCUUCAAAGAUAAGAAAGAUGGAUAUGGUCUCUACCAUAAACUACAUUGCCAAAAAUGUCGCCGGCCAGCCUCUCGCCUGGGAUUUUGUUCGUGGCAAGUGGUCUUAUAUCACCCAAGAGUAUGGAGCGGGAAUCAUUUCCUUAGGCAGUCUACUAGAUGGCGUGACACAGAGAUUCUCCAGGGACGUUGAACUUGAAGAGCUGAAGCAGCUUCAGAGGGAGCAGGAUAAGGAUGACCAGGGGAUCGCAGCUCGAGCUUUGGAGCAGGUCAUUGAAAGGACAGAGGCUAAUAUUCAGUGGGUGAAAGAAAACAAGGAUAUUGUUAAGGAAUGGUUCAAUGGAGAGCUGUAGGAGUUUUUGUAGGCCUGCACAAUCAAAAACAGAUGUAAAGGCAUUCCACAAUGAAAGCAACACCCUCCUGUGGUUCUGAGAUGGUUUUCACUGGAGAAUUAUUCAAGCUUUAGAAGAGAAGAACAAAGAAUGUGCCAUUUUAAAAUGGCUACAUAACACAUUCCCUGUGUUAUGUUGAGUAGUUCAUGCCAGAUCUAUUGUGUUUAUUAGAGAAAAGGCCAAAAAUGAAUGUUUAGGACAGUUUAAUUUAUUGCCUUUAAAAUAAUUUAGUUGAUAUUACUGAGUAUUGUUUACAGUGAUGAAAUCACAUCUAAGCACAUGAACCAAAAACAUAAAGCACAAAGGACUAUUAUGUUAUUCUUUGUAUGUGUAUAGUUUAUUUUAAUUAAAAUACAUAUUAUGAAAGCUAGUAUUUUGAAAUAUUACGUUUUUAUAAAACCAGAGCUCUAAUUUUGUUCAUUACUGUGAUUGAUGAUAUUAAAAAAUAAUGACAAAGGUUGAUUCAUGAGACUUAAUAUUUUUAAAUAUGUAAAACAUGUAAAUCUCAAAUGAAGUCAAACAUGUAAAUCUUUAAAUAAAGUGCCUUUUUUUACA